CUCGUUGCGCCACUCAAAUUCUCUGGUGAUUCUCCCGACGAUUCUCUGGUUCUCCGGUUCUCCGGUUCCCGAUUCUCCCAUUUCGAUUCUCGACGGAUCAUCGGGUGUCGAGGGCUUCUGGCGGCGGGUCCAGGUCCCCCGGUUUAUUCCAUUGGCAGUACGCCAGCGCCAGUUGGCACCUUUCGACGUGGAGUCGCUAAAACCACUCGAUCGCAGCGAUAUCGCGACUGUUAGAGCGAGAGAGCCUGAGUGUCCGAGUGGUGGAGCCAACGGAGGAGCAAGCGAGAUAAAACCACAAACGGACGCUCUCUUUCGGCGGACAGAUUUUUCGGUUGCCAUUUUUCACGAUUUUCCUCGACGGUUUAGAUUUUCCGCACGCGAGAGCCUUAAUUAUGAGCAAUUAUAAUCCGAAUUGCGGUUACUUCGAGGAUUGCAGCUACUACACGAACAACGUGUACCAACAGGAUUAUUGCAUGCAGCCGGAUUACGAGUACAACAAGCAUGUCUACGACUUGUUCGAUGCCAAGGUGCCGUCAUCGCAGCGCUCUGGCUUCCACAUAUCGGACAUCCUGAAUCUGGAGGGUUCCGAGCUGAAGAAUGCCGCUGCUGCCGCCGCGGCAGCCGCUCAACAUGGCAGUGAUUUGAGCCACCACUCGGCCAGUGAGUCCACCAAUGGACACGGUGGUCAGGGUGGAUCCCAUGCCACGCCCUCGGCCCUCUCGCCCACGCCCGCCGGCGGUUCGGUGGACGAGCACCACAACGGCAGCGGGACGGGCGGUGGUGGAUCGGAUCACCACAGCACCACCGAACAUCACGCCCAACAGCAGCCGUCGAGCCACCCACAGCAGCAGCAGCAGCACCACCCGCACCACCACCAGCAGCAGCAGGCGGCGCACCACCUCCAGCAGCAGCACCUCCCGCACCACCAGCAAACGGUGACCCCACUCCCACUGGCCCACCACCAGGGCGGUCCAGAUGCCCAGAGCCACGCCCACGCGAACGCAGCCGCCGCCCACCUGCUGGCCAGCCACAAUGCCGCGGCUGCUGCAGCGGUGGCCGCCGGCCAAUACCUGCCCAAUCUGCCCAAGAACUUCCCGGGGAGCUUCGGGGACGAGAUGUCCUCGUACCACCACAUGGCCCAAACCAUGCUCCAGCACUCGGGCAGGAGUGCGUGGAUCAAGGAGAACGAGCUAUACGGAACCCAGCAGCCAGCCAGUCCGGAUAGCACUUCCCCGGUGACCUCGGAGGUAUCCUACACCUACAUCGGUUCCAAUUGCCAGACAUCGCCGGCACUUUCCGGCGAUUACAAGAGCUACAGCCGAUCGGCGGACAGCGAUGCCUUGUCCGUGGGCGAUGCCCUGCACUCGCUGCAUGGCUCAUCCUCGGCCAAUCAAGGAGGAUCUGCUGGUGGUCCUUCGGCGGCCCAUGCCCUGCACAACAAUAACAACAAUACGACGAACAACAAUAAUAACAAUAAUAGCCUAAAGCACGAGGGUAUCAAUGGAGCAAGUAGUGGUCACGAUGAUAGCCUAAAUGAGGAUGGGAUCGAGGAGGACAUCGAUGAUGUGGACGAUGCCGAUGGCAGUGGCGGCGGUGGGGCCAAUGGACCCGAUGGUCUGCCCAAUAAGAAGCGAAAGCGUCGAGUUCUCUUCACCAAGGCGCAAACUUACGAAUUGGAGCGCCGAUUCCGGCAACAGCGCUACUUAAGUGCCCCGGAACGGGAACACUUGGCCAGUUUGAUACGACUGACACCGACGCAGGUGAAGAUCUGGUUUCAGAAUCAUCGCUACAAGACAAAGCGGGCCCAGAACGAGAAGGGUUACGAGGGUCAUCCGGGAUUAUUGCACGGUCAUGCCACCCAUCCGCAUCAUCCGAGCGCCCUGCCCUCGCCCCGUCGGGUGGCCGUGCCGGUUCUGGUGAGGAAUGGUAAGCCCUGCCUGGGCGAUGGUUCCAAACUGGGUGCCGAUUGCGUAUCCGUCUCAUCAGCCACCGCCACCGCCAUGCAAAAUGCCGCCGCCGCUCAUCAUCUGGUGGCCCUGAACGGAGCAGCCGCCUAUCAACAUGCCGCCGCCGCUGCCGCCGGUCUUCAUGCCCAUGCCCACGCCCAUGCCCAUGCUCACGCCCACGGCCACGCCCAUCCGCACGCCCACGCCCAGAGGGCUGCCUGGUGGCCCUAAUAUUGCUAGGAUAUGAUCCGAUCCGAUCUGAUUCGAUCCGAUAUGAUCUGAUCUGAUCUUCACGGGCCUAGAGCCACUCGAAUAGGUGGAUAGAUAUGAACCCUUGGUGCAAUAAAUCAGAAGACCAGGCCCCCAAGAGACCCCCGGAGAAGCCAAAAAAUAACUAAACAUAAAAUAUAAUUGAUACAUAUAUAGAUCACAACUAGUUUAUAGUCUCAUUGAUUCCUCCUUGAGUCAUUCCUGUACAUAAGUUAGUAGGCAAGAGCCCCAAAAACGAUUAUAUAUAUAUAUGAACUAAACUAACCCCAAGACCUGAGCUCAAGAGCCGUAGGUCCACUUAGUCAGGGGUAACCUCUAUAUAAACAUAAAACCCAUUCCUGAAUAUAAACAAAAAUGCCCAUGACAAAAGUAUACUAUUCAUUUUCUUUUGAUUAAAUGUUAUAUUUAUAUUCGUAUGUCUUGUCAUAGGGCAUUUAGGUCCCAUAAGAUCCCCCAUUUUACUGCACUAAAGUUGAUAAUACUUAUAAAAUGUAGAAUUAGGCAUCAAUUUUUUUUUUAAAUUUUUUUUCUAGGCCUAAGUUAAAAAAUCUUAAAAAAAGAAAACAUUUUGUAAAUAUUAAAAUGAAAAAAAGCAUGUAACUAAGAUUAUUCCAAAAUAAAAAACUUAUAAAAGGCAAUGCAACUAAAUCUGUACUAUAUAUCUUAAUAUUAAAAUCAAGCAUAAUUAGUGUUCAAAUUUUUUAGAAAGAAUUUAAUGACCCAAUUUUUUUUGUAUGAAUACAUAUAUAAUAUAGACACUUAGUCUUAACCGAUAUUUUUUUUCGUGUGUGUGCGUGUAUAGCGAGUAAAAGAAAACUCUUUGAAUUUAUAGCAAGUAAUGAGUUCAUAAAUGUUAACAAAAGACAAGGACAGGACGCAGACAGAGACGGCAAAUGUAUUCAAGACAGAGAAAGCAAAGCGAAACAAGAACACUUCAA